GUUUAAUAAAUAUUGUUCAUUAUCUUGUUAGCCUAUAACUAGUGAACUUGCGCUGCUCUCUUUCAGAAUGAUAUUUUUUAAACUAUUUAACUGAUAGUAUGAUAAACCGAGUUUGUAGUUUCUUAAACAAAAUUUUUGCGGGGCGUCGGGAACCAGCAAUGUUGUCAGAGUAUAGGUGAAAGUGAUAUAAAAGGCCUAGUUUGAGUAUAUUUCACAAGGAUGGGUGUGGGACUACAGCCACUAGAGUUUACUGAGUGCUUGGCGGAUAGCCCUCACUUCCGUGAGAACCUGCAGCGCCACGAAAAGGAACUUGAGCGCACCAGCCACCAAAUUAAACGACUUAUUAAAGAGGUCAAGGAUGUCGUGCAAGCCGCCAAACGUCUGGGUGCGGCGCAGCUGGCGUUAGCAACCAGUAUGGAGCAAUUCGAGUUCGCAUGCAUCGGGGCCUCCAUGACGGAGGACGAGCGCGUCAUAAGCCAUUCUCUGCAGCACUUUGCGCACCUCAUUCGCACCAUCGAGGAUGAACGGGACCGCAUGCUGGGGCGCGCCCACGAGCAAAUUAUUCAGCCGUUGGAGAAGUUCCGCAAGGAGCACAUCGGCGCCGUCAAGGAAGGAAAGAAGAAGUUUGACAAGAAGACUGCCAAGUUUUGCCAGAGCCAGGAGCGCACUCUGUCGCUGUCGACCAAGAAACAGGAAAACGUAUUUCAAGAGGCCGACGCGGCGCUGGAGAUGGCGGAGCGAGACUUCUGCCAGGCGUCGCUCGAGUACGUCUUCCAGCUGCAGGCCGUGCAGGAGCGCGAAAAGUUCGAGCUGGUCGAAACGCUGCUGGGCUUCGUGUUCGGCUGGUGGACCUUUCACCACACGGCGCACGACGUGCACCACGAUGCCGAGCCCCUCGUCCGCGACCUGCAGCUGCGCAUCCAACGGACGCGGAGCAACUUCGAGGAGACGAGCAAGCAGACGGAGUCGCUGAUGAAGAAGAUGAUGGAGAUGAGGCAGACGCACCGGGAGGACGCGCCGGAAGACGCCGGCGCCCGUCGCGGUUACCUCUUCCUCAUGGAGAAAAAGGCCUUCGGCACCACGUGGAGCAAGCACUACUGCGGCUACGAGCGCGCCUCGCGGGUUCUGUCGCUGCUGCCGUACAACCAGAUCAACCCCAAGUCCUGCGGCGCUGCGGACGCCGUGGCCGUGGCGGGAGCCCGCGCCGCCGACGCGGCCCUCGAGCGCCGAUUCUGCUGGGACGCCGUCCCCGCCGACGGCGAGCGGGCCCCGCUCACCCUGCAGGCGCUCGGCGACCGCGACCGCGCCCGCUGGAUGCGCGCGCUCGACACGCUGCCGCCCGCCGCGCCGCCCGCCCGCCCGCCGCUCGCGGCGCUCGAGCCCGCCUGGGGGCUCGACGAAGCCGGCUUCGCCUUCGCGCGCCGCCUCGUGGCCGCGCUCGAGGCGCGCGGGCUCGACGAGCAGGGCCUUUACCGCGUAGCCGGCGUCGCCUCGAAGGUGGCUCGCCUCGUGGCUAUCGGUCGGGCCGGCCGGCUGCCCGCCGCGCUGACGCCGGUCGAGUGGGAGAGUCGGACGCUCACGUCGGCGCUCAAGGCCUACCUCCGGGAGCUGCCCGAGCCGCUGCUCACGUGGCGCCUGCACGGUCGCUGGCUGGCCGCGGCCAAGUGCGAGUCGCGCGCCGAGCGGGCGCGCUCGCUGGCGACGCUCGUGCGCGCGCUACCGCCGCCCAACCGCGAGAUGCUGCGGCUCCUGCUCGGGCACCUGCGGCGCGUGGCCGCCCGCAGCGCGCUCAACCUGAUGGGCGCCUGCAACCUCGCUGUGUGCUUCGGCCCCACCCUGCUGCGCGCCGAGCGCGAGACUGUCGCCUCCAUUCUGGAGCUCAAGUUCUACAACGUACUCGUGGAGGCGCUCAUCGUAGACGCGCCCGACCUGCCCGACUCGCCCGACCCGUCAGAGACGCCCCGCUCGCCCGAUUCGCCCGCCCGCAACGGCGCGGUGCCCGACACAAGCAGCCCCAGCGCCAUGUCCACCUACGUGAGUAAUGAUAUGGCGGGCGCGGGUGUUUACUCGCCGCAGCACCUGCAGCUGCUGCAGCAGUUGGGGCAUGUGGCCAGCUCCGAGUCUGUGUCGAGCUGCGGCGGGCCGCCGGUCCCGAGGUCGGGCGCAUCGCGCGUGCGAACGCUGUACGCCUGCCUGGGCGAGAGUGACGGCGAACUGUCCUUCGAACCCAACCAAAUCAUCACCGACGUGGUCCCCUCCGGGGAGCCAGGCUGGCUGCGAGGCUCGCUGGACGGCAAGAGCGGGCUCGUGCCCGAGAACUACGUGGAGCCUCUGCCGUGAGAGGCCGGCCGCCGUCGCCCGACCGGCGACCUUCGACGACCUUGGACGGGCCGAGCCCGAGACUCCGCGCAUCCCGCUACGCGACCUCUCCCGCCAAAUAUCAUAGCGUAGCCAUACUCGUUGAUAUUUUUCUACGUUUUGUAUAUUUCGUCCUCUGUACAUACCACUUGUUACUAUUUUAUUCCCUAUUUAUUGUACGUUGUGACUUUGUACCAAAUACACUUUGUGAACGUUUCUACUGUGGAUAUUGUAUGAUAAGAUAUUAUAAUAUAUACACAUUUUUAAUAACGUA